AUGUAUCUCCACCAGUAUGAUUACAUCUUUGCCAUCGGCACGUUGUUUGCAAUGCUUGACGCAUUCAAUAACGGUGCGAACGAUGUUGCCAACGCCUGGGCUACCAGUGUCUCUUCUCGAUCCAUUACCUAUCGCCAGGCUAUGAUCCUCGGUACACUUUUUGAAUUUCUCGGAGCAGUUACUGUCGGUGCCCGUACCGCCGAUACUAUCAAGAACGGUAUUAUCCCCAACACAGCCUUCAGGGAUAAUGCCGGCGUCCAAAUGCUUGCCUUCACCUGUGCCCUCGCCGCUGCUUCCACCUGGGUGAUGUGGUGCACCCGACACUCUGCCCACGUCUCCUCAACCUACUCCCUCAUCUCUGCCGUUGCCGGUGUCGGUGUUGCAACUGUUGGCGCUUCCCAGGUCCAGUGGGGCUGGAACAAUGGCAAGGGUCUCGGUGCCAUCUUCGCUGGUCUGGGCAUGGCUCCUGUCAUUUCUGGUGGCUUUGCCGCUGUGAUCUUCAUGCUCAUCAAGUUCAUCGUGCACAUGCGGAAAAAUCCCAUCCCCUGGGCUGUCUGGAGUGCUCCUUUCUUCUUCCUGGUUGCUGCCACUAUUUGCACACUUUCCAUUGUGUACAAGGGUUCUCCCAACCUCGGUCUGAACAAGAAGCCUUCCUGGUACAUUGCUGCCGUCACCAUGGGCACUGGUGGUGGUGUUUGUCUGCUGUCUGCCAUCUUCUUUGUUCCUUGGCUCCAUUCCCGCAUCAUCAAGAGGGACUCCACCGUCAAAUGGUGGAUGGUCAUCCAGGGGCCUCUUCUCUUCAACCGUCCAGUUCCCACCGAUUCGGAGGUCGCCAAGGUUCCCAACUAUGCUGUCAUUCAAGACGAUGAAGAUCACGAGCCUCAAUUGAAACUUGAUGAGAAGACCCCCACCACCGGUGUUGCCUCCAUCCCCAGCUCUACCGAGGAGCGAUCCGUGGAGAAGCUCGAGGCCAACCAGCUCUCUUACCGCGAGCUCAUGGCCCAGUCUGACGCCCGCCACAACGCCAAGCUCAUCAACAGCCGUGGUCCUCUCGGCUGGGCUAUGCGUCUUCUCCGCGACAAUCCCAUGGGCCCCGGUGAGAUCUACGAGAUCCGCAACAUGAAGUGCUUCCUGAAACGCCUCCCCGCCGUCUGCACCGUCGGCCUUCUCUACGGUUUCCAUUACGACAUUCACAGCGCCCAAAGUGGUAUCGAGGGUACUCCCGAGGGUGACCGCAUGAAGCGCGUCUACGCCCACGCCAAGAAAUACCCCAACGAAGUCGAGCACACCUACUCCUUCAUCCAGAUCAUCACCGCUUGCACUGCCUCUUUCGCCCACGGUGCCAAUGAUAUCGGUAACUCCGUCGGUCCCUGGGCCGCCAUCUAUUCCGCCUGGUCCACCGGUACCCCGGCUGCUUCCAAGUCUCCCGUUCCUGUCUGGCAACUUGCCGUUCUGGCUAUCUGCAUUUCCAUCGGUCUUUGCACUUACGGAUACAACAUCAUGAAAGUGAUGGGUAACAAGAUCACCUACCACUCGCCCUCCCGCGGCUCCUCCAUGGAGAUGGGCGCCGCCAUCACUGUGCUGGUUUUCUCGCAGUUCUCACUCCCCGUUUCCACAUCCAUGUGCAUCACCGGCGCUACGGUCGGUGUCGGACUCUGCAAUGGAUCCCUCAAGGCUGUCAACUUCCAGCGUGUCGGUCUGUUGGUGUUCGCAUGGAUUAUGACCAUCCCCAUCGCCGGUACGCUAGGUGGAUGUCUGAUGGGUUUGGUUCUUAACGCUCCUCAUUUCGCCAUCGGGGCUUAG